GGAGGUGCCGUGGGGUAACACCGACCCCCCCUCCGCUCUUCUUCCCCCUCCCGACCCCGACCCACCCCCGCAGGGCUCCUGCUUCCAAUCUUCCCGGCGGGAGAAGUACGGCAACGUCUUCAAGACGCACUUGCUGGGGCGGCCGCUGGUGCGGGUGACGGGGGCGGAGAACGUGCGGAAGAUCUUGAUGGGGGAGCACCACCUGGUGAGCACCGAGUGGCCCCGGAGCACCCGAAUGCUGCUGGGACCCAACACCGUGGCCAAUUCCAUCGGCGACAUCCACCGCCACAAGAGGAAGGUUUUCUCCAAAAUCUUCAGCCACGAGGCGCUGGAGAGUUACCUCCCCAAGAUCCAGCUGGUGAUCAAGGACACCCUGCGUGCCUGGAGCAGCGACCCCGAGCCCAUCAACGUGUACCACGAGGCGCAGAAGCUGACGUUCCGCAUGGCCAUCCGCGUCCUGCUGGGCUUCCGCAUCCCCGACGAGGAGCUCGGCCGCCUCUUCGAGGUCUACCAGCAGUUCGUGGAGAACGUCUUCUCCCUGCCCGUGGACCUGCCCUUCAGUGGCUACAGGAGGGGAAUCCGGGCACGGGAGACGCUGCAGAAGGGGCUGGAAAAAGCCAUCCAGGAGAAACUGCAGAACACGCAGGGCAAGGACUAUGCUGAUGCCUUGGACAUCCUGAUAGAGAGCGGGAAAGAGCAUGGGAAGGAGUUGACCAUGCAGGAGCUGAAGGAUGGCACCCUGGAGCUGAUCUUCGCCGCCUACGCCACCACGGCCAGCGCCAGCACCUCCCUCAUCAUGCAGCUCCUCAAACACCCCCGAGUGCUGGAGAAGCUGCGGGAGGAGCUGAGGAGCAAAGGGAUCCUCCACAACGGCUGCAUCUGCGAGGGCUCCCUGAGGCUCGACAACAUCAGCAGCCUCCACUACCUGGACUGUGUCAUCAAGGAGGUGCUGCGGCUCUUCACCCCCAUCUCCGGCGGGUACCGGACGGUGCUGCAGACCUUCGAGCUGGAUGGUUUCCAGAUCCCCAAAGGCUGGAGUGUGAUGUACAGCAUCCGGGACACCCACGACACCGCCCCGGUCUUCAAGGACGUGGACGUGUUCGACCCCGAGCGCUUCGAGCAGGGCCGGAGCGAAGACAAGGACGGCAGGUUCCACUACCUCCCCUUCGGAGGAGGAGUACGGACCUGUCUGGGCAAGCACCUGGCCAAGCUUUUCCUCAAGGCCCUGGCCAUCGAGCUGGCCAGCACCAGCCGUUUCGAGCUCGCCACCAGGACUUUCCCCAGAAUCACCCUGGUGCCCGUGGUCCACCCGGUUGACGGACUCAAGGUCAAGUUCUUCGGACUGGAUUCCAACCAGAACGAGAUCCUGGCGGGCACAGACGCCAUGCUGGGGGCCACCGUGUGACGGCCGCGCCGCGGCGGCGCCAGGGACGGAGGGGCGGGGUGGGGGCGAGGGAUGGACAGGAGGGGAGGAGAGGAAGGGCUGAGGAGCUUCUCCACCACGCAGAGGCCUCCGGAUCGGGACUUUUCCCCCCCCUCCACCCCCGCCCCGGCGAAGCUGCCGAAAGCCUCCUGCUCUUCCCGCGGAAGGGGUGCAGGGAAGGUUUUUUUGGGGGAUGUCGCGGGCGCACCCGGAAAGGAGGGAGACCCGCGGAAAACCCCGAGUCGAGCCGGGAUGUCUGACCGUACACAGUAUCUAAAUAUUAUAAAUAUAUAUAUAUAAAUAUCUAUAAAACACUUCUGCUGCGAGGAGGAGGAGGAGGAGGAGCGCUGGCAAAGGCCCGACUGGCGGGGAAGGCUUUGGGAAUCGGCCGAGGGUCGGAGGUCUGGUGUCCCGGGGCGGCUCCCGGGUGACCUCUGAUCUUCCCUUUAACAGUGUUAAAUUAGCUGGUGAUAACAGUGUUUCUUUGGGGGGGUGGGAUUUUGAGGUUUUUUUUUUUUGUCCCUUUGUUUGGUUGUGUUGUUUGUUCCGGGGGUGUUGGAGGCUUUCCUUGGUGAGGGGGAGACAAGAGGUGCCCCGUUCCCAUCCCCUCUCCCGCUGGUGCCAGGGCAGGUCGGGAAGGGGCCGGAGGGGGGGGGCUGUUAUUUCAGACGGAAAAACCCUGUGGUGUCUCGUCCCUCUGAGGCCUUGGGCACAUUUGCAUUUUGCAAGAUGCGUUUUGGGGGCUCUGGAUAAGGGGGGGAAUGUCCUUUUUUUAUUAUUUUUUUUAAUCUCGUUGAGUUUCCUGCUGCUGCUACACGGCCUGUGUGCACCGUUCCCCUGGCACAGCACCUCUUUUGGGGGCAUCUUUGGUGUCUUUGCUCUCCCUGGAGGUGCAGGCACCAGCCUCGGGGCCACGGGGCCCCACCACGGCUCCGAGAGCUCCGGGGUGCUGAGCAAAGCCAAGCUGCUCCUUUGGGUGCGUCCUCUUCCACAGGAGGCAUUGGCACGGAAGGUGAUCCCUCUAAAUAAGCCAACACACGCUGCUUGUCUCGUGUCUGGGGUUGUGGUUGGUGGUGGCAGAGCUCAGCAGGAAGGAGAAGGGGCUCCGUGUCCGCCCCAUCCCACUGCUAUCCCAGGAGGAAAGGCCUUGCCCAAAGCUUCUCCGGCACAAGAGAGCGGCCACCGAGAGGUAUCUCGCCUUUGGGAUUAUCUGAGUUCCAUUUUUUGCAUGCCAGAGGCUCACGGGUCGAGUUUGAGGUGGGUGGGUUGUGUUGAAGGGGAGGAAAAGCCCCCUGAGUGUCUCGGCGGGUGUUUGGUUCACACCAGAGCCAAGCACCGGGCUGGGAGAUCCCUCUUUGACUUGAGGCAGCUCUGUCCAGCCCCACUCCUCUCCCAUCCCAUCCCAUCCCAUCCCAUCCCAUCCCUCCUAGGUGGAAAGGACAACACAAGGACCGUGGCCGAGACCCCUCCUGGCCGUGAUGGGAGGAGAUCUGGCCCUUGGGUGGGCAGCUUGGCUUUCAGCUCCAGAGGUGUCCAGAGAAGUCCGAGGGGUUGGGAUAAGGAAGGGGAAGGGGCAGGUGUGGGUUUGCCGGGUGGCUUUGCGGGCUGUGCCUCUUUGGAAGGUCGAGGGAAGUGUGAAGGGAGCGCUGGGAAGGGCUGCCCUUGCCAGCCCUUGGUGGGGGCCAGGAGGAGGGAGGCAGGUUUGGAGCCAAGGGAAGCACUUGAGGUCGGAUAUGCCGUCAGCCAAGCUGCCAAAUUCCCCCCCCCUUCCUCCCAGGAGCAUCCCAGUGGAUCAUUUCCACGCUCACCAGCUUGAUUUAACCCGAAUUUAACCCGAAAGAAACCCCCCAAUCUUCCAGGAGAUUCCAUUCCCAUCCAGACCUUGCCUUCUGGGUGGUAACACGGCCAACCCAAAGGGAAGGUCUCAGGAGCCUCUGCGUGCGCCACAUCCCUCAGGCAGAGGCUCGGGUGGUUUUUCCAGGCUGGGAAUUCGGAGUGGAACAGCACCAGCUGAGAUUUCAGGAGUUUCCUUGUCCCUGACGGAGAGAAAAAACUUUCCCGGUGAUAAAAGGAUCGCAACCAAAAUCCUCAAAGGGAUUAAACACAAACCUAAAAGUCCAGUGGGAAGAGGGGAAUCUCCCAGGGACAAACAUUUUGGGAGAGGUGAUGGCAGUGGAGAUGUUGGGGACAAUGAGCUCUGGCAGGACCUGGGGACCAGGGAAGGAGGUGGAAAGUCCAGAGGGUGAAAACCCAUCACCGGGUGCUCUCCAGGAUCCCCCUUUUCCAUCUGAAACCCACUCUUGGGAUGGAGGAGGCUGGGAAAAGGGAAAGCUGGAGAAAGGGAACACCAAGCUUAGAAGGUCUGGUUAAAGCUCCAGAGAACAAAACCUCUGGGGUGGAUUUUUCCAGCCUGCUUGUCCUGGUGGGGAACCAGCGAAAGGUUUGGCUGAAAUUUUUUUCUUUUAAACUUCCAAGGUCGUUACAAAAAAGUGAAAACCAAACAUUGCUUUUUGAGUGAGUGGUUGAUUGGAGAGAGGUAAAUGUAAGAUGCAGACAUCCAUUAUAUAUAUAUUUACAUUAUGUGUGUAUAUAUAAUGUUUGUGUGGGUGAGUAUUUAAUCCGGGCAGAAGUUAAGUCAGGCUUUGUUUUUUUUUUUCCAUUCCUAACUAAUAUAACUUGACUAAAAAAAAAAAAAAAAAAGAGGAAAAAAAAGAAAAAAAAAAAGUUGCUGCAGUGGGUUUGCAGAAUAAAGCACUUUGAAUCUCAGAAUUGUUUGUUUUUUUGGUUGUUGUUUUUUUUUUCUUAGCACAGUCCAAUUUGCUAUAAUAUUAUUUUAUACACAAAUUUGUUUUGUUUUGGUUUUUUUUUUGGUCUGUCUUUAUAAACUAUUAUAAGUACUAUUUUUGUUAUAAUUCAAAAUAGAUAUUUAGUAUAAAGUUUUUUGCUGUUAAAUAUUUGUUAUUUAGUAAAAUAUGAUUUUUUUUUUUCUCUUUAUUGUAAACAUUGUCCGGAGGGGAAAAAAAAAAAAUAUUAAUAUGUUUUAUCGCAUUUGUUUUUAAUAUUAAGGGGGGGGAAAAAAAAAGAAAAAAGCACUUGUGGGGUUUUUCAUUAUGAAAUCGGUGCCGUGUGAACAUGUGUUUCAGUCAUGUGGUUUUUAAUAUGUAUAUAAUAUUAUGUGUUGCAUAUUAAAAUGAAUGUUGUGUAUUUUGUGAUCUUAAAAUAAAAAAAAAAA